AUGGAUGACCCAUCAUGCCCAGAGGAACAGACGAGUCGAGUUCCAACUCCUACUGAACAGCCUCAGUUGACAUCGCAGACAUCUGGAGUGUACUCCUCGAUGGGGGAGACGCACUCCUACCAGGUCUCUUUGACCAGCCUGCAGUCAGAGGAGAGCCAGGAGAUGAAGAAGAAGGGCCUGUGGGAUUGGGCCAAGGAGGCCCUCCCAACCUCUUCGACGAAGAAGGGAGGCAGCUCCAGAACUUCCUUGAGAACGAUGGGGGCAGCAAAGAAGGGCCUGACUCCUAUACCAGAAGCAAGUGGCUCCAAGCCAAAGCGGACACUCACAGGACAAGAAUCAAUGACAUUGAAGAUGAUGAUGGAGAGCUCUGUCUUGGGGCCUCCACUGCAAAUACCACCAGAGCAGGUACCAGUGAGCCUGCUGGACACCGAGUGGCUGAGGGCAGCUCAGGAGAACAGAGAGGAAUACCAAUUGCCUGGUAUCCAUGCACUGGAAAGAGAUGACGAGUCUGAGGAAGAGCCUACCACAGGAAUGCCCACAGCCACAGGGGCCCUGGUCCACCAGCAGGGAGUUGAGGGAGUCAUUGUACUUGACCUUGUGGCCCAGCAGCAGAUCUGGAACAAGAUCGAAGCCCACAACUCUGAUAUGGUUGGAACAACUUCCGCAACCCGGAGACUCCCCAAUAUCCCCACUUUCACCCCGUCAGUCCCACCAUGGGCCUUCCAGGUCAUUGAGUCCGACUUCGAUGCUAGAGAUGCCAGGCUCCCCGCAGUUAGACAGGCCCAAAUGGAGCGAGCAAGAGCAUGGGAGGCACGCAUCACCGAGACUGAGUAUUGGGCCAUCCGAGGUAACUUCGACUUCCCCCUUGAAUCAGACGCAACCCCAGCUGAGGCAAGAGAGCAGAUUGAGCUCGCUGGAAGGAGACUCCAGUAUGCCAACCAGCGAGCCACAAGUUACAAGGAGUGA